AUGAUUGAUGUAGAUCCUUUAAAACGAUUCCUAGUUCAAUUGCCUUCAAUCUUAAAUUAUACUGAACAUGCUCAAAUUAAACAUAAUCUUUAUAGUGCCUUAUAUUAUAUCAUAUCAAAUAAUAGUACAUAUUUAGAAGAUAUAUUCCCAGAGAUCUCAAAUCAUGAAUUAAUGAGAAUGCUUGAUUUUAAAUACAGUUUACAAUUCCCUUGUAAUGAACCAUUUUAUGACGCUAAAUCAAAGGCAAAUUAUACCCAUCCCCCAGAUCAAGCAUGUGCACGCACUUUUAAACAUGGUGAUUCAGUAUUUAGAUGUGCGGAUUGUGGAUUUGAUGAUACUUGUGUUUUAUGUUCUUAUUGCUUUAAUGAAGCAGAUCAUAGGGGCCAUAAUAUAACAAUUUAUAGUUCACUGGGUAACAAUGGAGGAAUAUGUGAUUGUGGUGAUCCAGAAGCUUUUACGAAAGAAUUACAUUGUAAGUGUCAAUUAAUACAAUCGUCAUCAUCAUCGGAAAAAGGGGCUGAUUUAUCUGAUAUAAGUGUAAAUAUAAGAGAGACUAUUCGGGUUGUUUUGGAUUAUAUAUUGGACGUGACCGCAGGAUUCAUAAAUACAUUACCAGAUAUUCAUUCAAUUACAGAUAAAGCAACUGGUCGGAUAUAUUUAGAUUCAGAAAGAAUUUCAAAUGCUGGUUUAUUGCCAUCUGAAAAAUACGGUGGUGCUAUCGAUUCUAAUUCUAAUCACUCUUGGUGUUUAUUAUUAUGGAACGAUGAAUAUCAUAAUUUACAAGAAGCCAUAAAUUCAAUUAAGGCUGGAAUUAAUUGUUCAGAAUCAAAAGCCAAUGAUAUCGCAAGAAUCAUUGACAAAGAAGGGUUUGCUAUUCUAAAAGAAUCAAAGAAUCCUGAAGAUUUAAUUACUGCCAAAACUGCCGUUGAAGCUGGUGGACUUAUUGCAACUAUAAUUUCCGCACGCGACCAUGCCAAGUAUCUAAUUGUUAAACACCUUUUUAAUUGGUUGAAAGAAGUCACGAAUUUUAAAGCCAAUGCCCAAUUUAAACAAUUAUCAAGAUUGUAUUUAUCAGAAUUGUUACUUGAACCGGGAUAUGACUUGGACAAUGAUUCUUUACCAUUACGUUUUAUUGAGUCUAGUAUACGGGCCACAUGCUUUGAAAAUGGUAUUCCUUAUGAAGGUAAAAUUAUUAGUACUUGUUUAACUUCAGUACGUCAAGAUGUUGAUACAUUAGAUUUUUUAUCUAAAGAUUUUCGCCAAUUAGUAGAACCAAAUCCUAGAUUGAAAAUUCAAAAUUCUCGAUUACAAUUCUUAUUGCUUUUUCAAAUUAGAUUAACAAAAACAAUUAGAUCGAAAUUAUCAGUAUUAAUUAUCCCACCAUUAGUUUCUGAUCCAACUAGAAAACAAAUAUUCAGUAAACAAUUUAUUGAAAUCUUUCCAUCACUUUUUGCAAUAAUGGCAAUCACUGAUAGAGAAGAAGAUUUGAAUUUAUUAUCAGAUAUAAUAUCACAACUUUUUACAUGUCCAAAUUCUAUUCAAUCAAUAUUGAAGGAGGGGUAUAUAGGUAAUUUCCUUGGGCCUUUGACUCAAAUCAUAACUGAUUAUUCGACUAAAUGGAAUUAUGAUACUGGUUAUCCCAAUUUCCAUGAUAUUGGAGUUGAUACCCAACAAAAUCGAGCCAUUAAAAAGGCGAUUAAGAUUGGUAUUCAUAAUUUAUCUCAUUUUGUUAAUAAAGAAUUAGCCGGAAAGGAAAUGUCAGCAUUAAUGAAACGAGACGGAUUCGUUAUGUAUUUAUUAUUUUUGAGGAAUUUUCAAGGAUAUAUACCUAUUAAAAGAAAAUAUGGUGAUCAUGUUGAACGAGAAAAUUAUGAUUUCGAAAUCCAUUUAGAAUAUUCAUUGCCGAUUUUGACCCAAAUUAAGAAUUUUAUCCUGAAUCAAUAUAAUUCUGAACAUCUUUUCCGUAAUAUGAUGUCAUUGUUUGCGUUUUUGAUGCCUUCAAGAGGAAGACCGAGAUUUGAUGGAGGUGUGAUUCUGUUCCAAGUUAGUAAAGAACCAGUGGGGUUUGUUAAUCCAUUACAUACAUUAUUAUCAUAUAUUCUUCAAUUUCGAGGUGUCGAUUUAUUUAGGGAGUUUUUGGGAGAUAGUACUCAUGAAUUGGCAAUGAUUGCUGAUGUUUCAUUAAGGAGCAUUGUCCUCAAUUCACAAAUCAAAAUCGGACAUUGGAUUAGAAAUGGGAUUGCAGCAGCUUAUCAAGCUACUUUAUAUUAUGUACAAAUGAGUGAUAUGACAUAUAUUAGAGAUUUCCAUAUAAAUCAAAUAGCUGCCAGUUUUUAUCAGAAUGAAGAUCCUUCCCGAGUUUUGAAGAAUUUCUUACAUCGUUGGGAAUUAAAUAAAUGGUUUUCAAAUCAAGUUAGUUAUGAUAAAACCAUAUAUGAAGAUCGAUUCGGAUCUAUUGUGGAAAGAUUCAUUGUGUUUGUUUAUAAUAUUAUUACCGAUCGAAGUUUAUUUAUCAAAGAAUCACCCGAGGAAAGAUUACGAACUCAAGCUAAAUGGUCUAUAGCAUAUGGAUUAUGCGAUGAUGCGAAGUCAUAUUCAUCUCUUAAGAAGAAGAUUGAGAGUGAUGUUUUGGGAAUAUCGGACUUUGAUAAGAUUCUUUGUGAAGUUGCUGAUUAUCAACCUCCUCAAGGAUUGGUGGAUACUGGAUUAUAUAGAUUAAAGGAAGAGAUGUAUGAGCAAUUGGAUCCUUUGAGUAUAUAUUUAGACCCAAGUCAAUUUCAAGUUGUUCUGGAUGCUUUGAUUAAGAAUAUUGCCAAGAUUAAAAAAAUAAAGAAUGAAGAUAAUGUGAUCUUAAAACCAGAUAUUAGAUUAUGUAAUCUUGAUUAUAUUGAUGAAAGAAUUGGAGAUUUUACAAAGACUAAUAUGUUUGUUAAGUUGAUUUAUAAAUUUCUUCAAGUGGCAAUUGAUACUUCGGAUGAAACUUAUCUCCCUCAAUUAUUACAUUUAAUACAUGCGAUUUUAUUGGAUGAUGAAUUGAUUCAUGGCCAUGAUUAUUUAAAUGAACAUUUUGUUGAUAUCCCAAUUAGUGAUUUAUUGUUAACUAUUGUUGAAUCAAAAAUGUCCAAACGAGUUAUACAAAAGGCAGAUUACUUAUUAGAUCAAUUAGUGAUGAAAGAUAAACAAAUUAUUGAAAGUUUGAUAUCUUGUUUUGGUGAAGAAUACAUUCAAUCAUACAAGAAAAGAAAGACAAAUUUAUUUGAAACUGAAGCUGAAAGAAAGAAAAGAUUGGCUGAAGAAAGAAAGAAUAAAAUUUUGAAGAAAUUCUCCAAACAAAGACAAAAAUUCCUUAGUCAAAACAAACACCUUCAUGAUGAUGAUAUGGUGAUGACAACCAGUGAUGAUACUAAUAAUCAAGAUGAAAUUCAACUACGUGUUUGUGUCUUAUGUGGAGAACCUGAAAGUCAUGAUCAACCAUUUGGUCUCUUGGUAAGUUCCGCCAAAGCUCCGAUAUUUUGGAAGAUUCCAUCUAAACCUGAUGACAGAGUCAUAUCUGCAUUGGAAACUUGGGAUAAAGACCUCUUGACUCAUGAAUAUGAUUCUUAUGGAAUUGGUUAUACGCCGGAAGAGGGCGAAAAAAUUGAAGCUCGAGUAUUAUCUACUUGUGGCCAUGGUAUUCAUUAUGGAUGUUAUACUCGUGGAUCUGAACAUACCAACCAUUAUCCAUGCCCUUUGUGUCAUAAUUUACAUAGUUUUUUUGUACCUUCAUUCAUCCCAUCCCAGGCAAAAAGUUUGCCUGAUGAACUAUUACAUGCCGAACCAAAGAAAAGGAAAUAUAACCAAAUUACUUGUUCAAGUACCGCAACUAAUGUCGACGAAAUAAUUCAUGGAUUAUUUAGUGAUGAUUAUAAAGAGUACAAACCAUUUAUGAAAAUUUUAACCCAGGUUGCCAAAGAAAUCACUGAUAAGAGAUAUUUAGGAGAACAAACAAGAGGAAUCAUGUAUAAGCCAGUACAAUUCUUUGAUUCACUUUUGAAUUGGUCUGUUUUGAUCGCUGAUACAAUUAAGAUGAACGAAAUCUCCACCAGAAUCAAUGGUCUUGAAGGCUAUUGCGAUUUUUUGAAUCAAAUCCCGGGAUCAGCAAAAACGUUAUUAAAGAGUUUAAUCCAAGGUCGAGCAUUGGUAUCUCAUGAAUCUAGACAACUUUUUGGUAGAGGAUCUGAUUUAUCCAAAGAGAUUGUGAAAUUCUGGGGAGAAUCAAAUUCAAUGCUAGAUGGAGGAGUUUUUGAUGAGUGUAUAGCGUGGUUCUUCCAAGGAAAUGAAUCAUUGGCCACAAUAACAAGAAUGGGAAUGACCAAAUUGCUUGCUAUUGUAAUUUUUUCACUUAUGACUAGAUUGGAAGGAGACGGGCUUUAUUAUUCGGGUUUAAUACAGAAGGAUGACCCAAAUUCCGCAGUUCCUCGGGAAAUCAUAUCAAAAUUUGAAGAUGUAUUUAUGAAAGCUAUGCGUUUGUCGGAAAGCAAUGGUCCAAUGCUGCAACUACCACAUGGAGCUGCAGCCUAUUAUGAUGUGUAUCUUGUUGUUGAAAAAAUCUUGGGUAUCUUUUUGAGAAACAUGAUUAUUUUUGCCGAUAUGUUGACAUCUGAAUACAAAGGAGAGAAUAUGUAUGAAAGUGUUCCAGAAUUUACGAAGAUGAAGGAAGAGAUUGAAUCUAGUAGUAGGAAGUACGGUACUGAUCCAUUGACUAAGGCAUUGAAAGUCCCAUCAUUAUUGGAACUUUUCACUACAAUAUCACAAUUUGAAACUUCAUUUGAAGAAAGUAUUUUUGAAAUUAUACUCUGUUCCAAGAUCCCGGCACAUCGUGAUCAGGGAAUACUUUCAUUAGACUACCCAGGUAUAGUUCAUUUAGUAACUUUGCCUGCAGAUUAUCAUUCCUCCCUAUUGAGUGUCACCGAUAUGACUUCACGUCUGAAUGCGAUAUGUUUGCUAUGUGGAACCUGGGUUCCUUCUACUAACAUUUUCCGUCAUAUGUUAACAUGCUCCCCAAAUAGCGGUAUUUGUUUCAAUCCAAGAACCAACACAUUGAGGGUAUGUGUUCAUGUUGGUCGUAGCCCAAUAAGUGUAGAAAUGCCUGCUCCUUAUUUGACUAUUCAUGGAGAAGUGAAAACAAGUAGAUAUCAUGGGAAGGCAACUUUGAAUACAUUUAGAUUCUUCAUGUUAAAUAAAAUGUGGUUAAAUCAAGGGUUGUAUGGAUUUGUUACUAGAAAUUUAUUCGGAACUGCACUGACGAUGGAAAUGCCUGAUAUUGACCUCAAUCUACAAAGAGAUGUACUGGAUGGCCUUGACUUCAUGGAGGAAGACGAUUUAUCAGAUGAAUUUUUCAGAGAUGAUGACGACGAUGAUGAUGAUCAAUAUAUGUUUUAG